AUGACUUCAGCCGUUUCGAUUCAAGACAUGAAGAAUCCUUCAAUCGUUCUGUAUGGCGCGAAGAACGCGAAACUUGAAGAAAGACCGGUACCAGAACUCUCGGAUCCGAACAAUGUGAUUGUGAGAAUUGCGUAUGUCGGCGUGUGUGGGAGCGAUGUCCACUUCUACACCCACGGCGGCAUAGGCCGCUCCGUCGACCCCUCCACCGGCCUCACAAUGGGCCACGAAGCCAGCGGCACCAUCACCUCCGUCGGCCCCUCCGUAACUUCCUUUAAAAUCGGCGACCGCGUUGCUAUCGAACCAGGCACACCCUGCCGCCGCUGCGCCGCCUGUAAAUCCGGCACAUACAACCUCUGCCGCCACAUGCUCUUCGCCGCCGCCCCCGGCCCGCCCUCCACGCCCGGCACGCCCGGUACGCUCAGCAAAUUCUACGAGAUGGCGGAGGACUUGUGCUACGUGAUCCCCGACGCCAUCAGUCUGCAAGAAGCGGUGUUGGUCGAGCCUCUCGCCGUCGCCGUCCACGCUGUGAAGUUGGGCGAUGUGCGGCCCGGCGAGACGGUGGUUGUCAUGGGCUGCGGGACAAUCGGACUACUCGUCGCUGCAGUGGCGCGGCUAUUCGGCGCGCUGAGAGUCGUGAUGGUGGAUGUUAGGGAGGACAAAGUAAAGUUUGCAAAGGGGUGGAUGCAGGGUGCAGAGGGAUUUAUAGCGGAUGUGGGCAUGUCUGGGGAAGAUGUGGCGGAGAAGAUGUUAGAAGAGUUUGGGUUGAAGGAGGAGGGGGUUGAUACUUCAGGCGGCAAAAUCGACACUGUAAUCGAAGCCUCGGGCGCCGCGAGUUGCGUCGAAGCUGGAAUCUGCAUGUUGCGGCCGGGUGGGAAGUAUGUGCAAACCGGACUGGGGAGGGAGAAGAUUGAAUUCCCGAUUGUCGCGAUGAGUCAGAAGGAGUUGGUGGUUAGGGGGUGUUUUAGGUACGGCGCGGGGGAUUACGAGCUCGCGGUGAAGUAUCUGGAAAAAGGGGCAGUUGACGCCAAGGCGUUGAUUAGUUCGGUGAGUCGGUUUGAGGAUGCGGUGAGCGCAUGGGAGAAGACGAUGAGGGGGAAGGGUGUGAAGAAUUUGAUCGAGGGGGUGAGAGAUUGA